AUGCAGGCCCUUUACUUUCCACCCGCUGAGCUUCCCGCCGGCUACGUUCAUGAUGGCGCGCCCCUCUGGCAGAAAACCAUAUUGGUGAGUGGCUACGACGUGAACGGCACCUUAUUUUUAGAGCCACGCGGCAAACAGUCCUUCCUUGAGCAGAACACCGCAGACCCUACCAACGAGGAAUCUGCGCCAAAGAAGAAGCGCAAACUGACGAAGCAGUCGGUAAUGGCAGGCUAUGCCCCCCGCUUCCCUAUUUCCUGGCUCAGCAACAUAUCCCCUGAGAUCAAAACGGCUUUGGAGCAGUACCUCUUUUCUCUGCCCAGGGUAGCGCUUCCAAAGGACACUGCACAGCUGAGCGAUUUCUAUAACGGGAAUUUCUUCGAACUGACCAAUCAGACAAAGGCUCCUACCUGCGCCGAAAUAUCCAAGAACCCCGUCGACUUGCUCACAAAAAUCCUAAACGUCCGCAAGCAGAGAGAGUUCACAAGCUACCAUGACAUCUAUGUGAUUUUGACAUUCGCGAUUCAGACACCUUUCACACUUCAAACAAUCGAGCAGCUGCGGAGCCUCUUUUCGUACACAGCCAUCCUGCAGCCCAGCAUACUUUUCUCUUCCCUGUCUCCAUCCGAUCCUCAAAGAUGCUGCAUCGCCCUGCUGGCAUCAGACUUGUUUCUUAAGCCGUUCGUUAUCUCGCUGACCAGAAUCAUGAGUGACACCGAGCGGAUGAGAAGAGCAGGAGACAUCAUCGCCUACCUUGCUGUCCUGUAUGAGAAUUACAAAAACAUAAUUAAGAUGAACCUCUUCUGUGAUGCCUUGUCUAUCUUACUUUCAAUUCCGGAAGAGGAGCCGUUUGUUCUCCAACCGUACGCCACCGUCUUCACAUACAUAUGUUCCCUUUUUAAGAGCAAUGAUAGACUCAGCGACUCCUUUACAACAGAGCUGAGUAGGGCAGGAGUUAAUAAGAAGAUAAUGCUUAUCGUGGACGCAAUCGUGGAUCUACCGCAAUCAGCAGUUAGACCUUCACGGGAGCUGGUAGCAAGCAUCAGAAAAGCAAUCCUAAUUCUGGCCCACAUGAGAUACUCUGAUCACGGAUCUAAGAACCUCCCCACAGGACAAUAUCUUGCAGAGUACAAGGAACGCGCAGACAGACUCAUCAGUAAAAUAGAUGAGCUACUAGCAGUCAAAAAGUCUAAUCAGGAAAGCGAAGAAAGCGAAGAGGCUAGUGAAAAUAGUGGGUUAGAUGAGGGUCAGAAUGCAGCCUUUAUCGAGGAGACUUCUCAGUGGAAACGAGCCAUAGCAUGCCUCUAUGACAAGAAAUCGCCUUCCUUGAGCGCAUAUACAGCCUUGUUCCACUAG